GUCAAUGCCAUUGUAUUCAUCCACACACCGGAAAAACUUGUGAGGAUUUCGCCUGUGUGCAUGGAAUCUCCGUUGGACGACGAUAUGAUCCUCUCAGUCUUAUAUUCAGUAAACCGUGUAUUUGUAAUGAAGGAUGGAAAGGAGAUUUGUGCGAAUAUCAUCUGACUGAAAGAUGUGGUAACAGAGGCGAAUGGAAGAAUAACAAAUGCGAAUGCAUUGGUUCAUUUUUCGGUGAUGAAUGUCAGUUCACUAGCCGAUGUGACAACGGUAUCAUAAAACAUGGACGAUGUAUAUGUAAUAAGCAUUUCGAGGGAGACUAUUGUGAACGGAUCAUAUGCUACCAUGGCUAUCCAAAUAUGAAGAAUAUGUCUCAGUCUUGUAUAUGUCCAGCCAAGUAUAAGGGUCUACACUGUGACCAGUGCUCUCAAGUGGGACCAAAAAUCCAACCAUAUCCUAUAUGUACGGUCAAUUACAUUCCAAGUCACGCUCGACAAUCUCGAAAGAAAACAAAUCAACAGAUAAAGUACCGGUUUGCGAUUAUGGUUGGUGCUAUAACAUUUCUGGUAGUGAUAG